AUGGCUUGCUACAAGCAUCUUUAUGCAAAAAAACGGAAUUCCAUAGACAUUUUUCAGUUCUCUUCCUUUGUUCCUGAAACACUGGCUUCGGACAAUACGGCACACCUUUACCUGCUAUCAGCUCCCUUUGUAUCUCUGGGAGGACUUUCACCAUGUGAGAAAGUGCUAUCGAAGAUUCCAGCACCCGUGAAAACACGUUUCUUCCGCAAUCAAGCUGGACUCACCAAUCGCUGGCAAUUUCCAUUCAGCCUAACCUGUGACUUACUAGGAAUUUCACAAGCUAAUAAAGCUAAACAAACUGGCCUCCAUGAGAACUUGAUGAGAAUAAUGUCAGCUGAUACACCUGUGUCUCUGGAGGAAGAACAUGAGGACUGGAAGGCAGGUGCAGAACUUCUCAAAGAACCUAGUGGGCACUCUUUUUCAACUAUGCCUCCCAAAAUCAAACACAGACCCAGGAUAUUCUCCCGCCAAGGAUCUCCCAAUGAGAUGCUUUUUUCUUUUACACAGAAGAUCACAGAAGGCAUGGAACCAGAUGUAACCUUGGACUGUUUGGGCUAUGAAUGGGAACUUCAUCGAAUGUAUUUAUUUAAAUCCUAUGUCCUUUCACAACUUCUUGCUGAAGCAGUACAGAAUAGUGACUCCCCAAACUCAGAAAGCCCACCGAUGCCUAAGAAAGAAACCAAUUGUUAUAAACUAUGUCUACUAACUGAUCAUAAACCUGACAAAUUCCACAAACAGAAGGAAAAAUUGCCCAAAGUCACCAUUGUUUUGGAGAUCAGUGAUCAAGAUGUCACUCGGUUUGCCUUUGCUGUUGCACUCAAGAACUUGUACAAUUCUGAACCAGAAGUGAAUGAAGAAGAUGUUCUGGGAAUUCUGGCUGCAGCAGAAGUGUUACAGUUCCCUAGACUUUUCCAAAAGAGCAUCCAGGUCAUGAGAAGAAGCAUUUGCACAGCCAAUGUCUGUAGAUAUUAUACUGCAGGCUGCAAGUAUAAGCAACCUUCCUUGAUCACUGAUUGUGAAAGAUGGAUUGAGGUGAACCUUGUCCCACAGCUUGGUUCCCAGAUUUACCUGCGGAAUCUGCCAUUGGAGCUGCUACAGAAAGUGCUUAAAUCUCCAAGGUUGUUUACCAUCAAUGAAUUCUACCUCUUGAGAACUGUACUAUGCUGGGUCUUCCUGCAGCAAAAUCCCAAAAUUCAGAUAAUCCCAUUUUAUGAUACUGUCCUCACAUAUUUUAGCAGUUUACCCAAGAUAUGUGCCUUCUUGGAAAGGGAAGAAGGACAGCAAUACAUAGCUAUUUUUCAGUCUCUCCGUUUACAUGGCAUCACUUCAAGUAAACAUCUAGAGGAGCUAUGGGGAAUUAAUUUCUUUCCUUUGCCGUGGCUGACAAGGAUCUUGUCUGAUCACUACCAUGCACUAGAGAAUGGUGGUGACAUGGCCUUUCAGUCAGACUUUAACACUCAGUCAGUGAGAUUUGGUCUCGUGCUCACAAAGGAACCAAGAUAUCAUGCAGAAGUAAUUUCCAUUUAUGGAUUCUUCUUUGAGAUAAAAGCAAUAAAACAUGAUGCUUCAGCAUACAGUUUUUACAUGCAAAGAGUCAGACAUGCAGAUCCAAUUAUCUCUUACUUUACUUCUGAGCGCAGUCCUGUCAGUUUAAAGCAAGAACGGGAAAUUAAGUAUGAAAUAAAAGCACAGUGCCAAAUAGAUGGAAAGUGGGAAGAAUUCACCACUGAAAGGCUUACCCAAAGGUUUGGAGUUAAGAAGCCUUCUUCUAAAAGCAAGGUCUUGAAAGCAAGCAUACCAUCAGUUCCCAUCUAUGUGACAUUUUCCCUUCUUUUCCCAUCAUCCUAA